UCAUCAUGAUGACUCGGAUACAUGCCAUGUAUCAUGGAUCCAAGCAAAUGCUCGUCUUUCUAAUUGUAAUCUUUCUGGCUUGCACGACCGCUUCCGUAGUUAUGACGGUAAUAGCAAAUCUCAAUGCUUCAGCGGUGGAGAUCAUUCUUUCUGGCAACAAUAUGUGUUUCAACAUCAACGACUCACCCGGCAGCCUACAGAGUCUGAAUUACUUGAUGUUCAUACCCACCUUCGUAUGGGAGAUCCUCGCAUUGAGCCUUUCCCUCUGGAUUGUCAUAAAACACUUCAGAGAACUGCGACAAUCAUCGACAGGAUCGAUCAUCGAAGAUUGUUUCACGGCGUUGAUAAGAAGUCACGUACCGUAUUUCGUAGGCUUUGCUGCUAUGUCUUUAUUCGACAUCGGCUUACUGUCUCCAAACCUCUCGAACCCAACUACCGUGGGAUCUGGCAUUUAUUACGGCGUGUUCCAAUUUGCCCAGUUCGUGCAGAUGUUUGUCCUUGGACCGCGCCUCGUCCUUAGCAUUCGAGCUUAUAACGCUAAGCUGGUAGCAAACUCUGACGAGGGAACUCGCAUGACUACGAUCGUUUUCCAGGAGCGCGGAGACGUGUCAACCAGCGUCGGUGUGUAGCAGGGAAAUGAUCCAAGUGAUCAAAUGUUGAACGUUGAACCACGGAUAAUGUGCAGUGAGCAUGUGAAGUUUUCGUCCAAGUAUGUAUUUAUUUCGUUGUGGUGUUGCUCCGGAGCUUCGACGUGGUAUUUAUGUUGUAAUUUGAAGAGUCGAUCGGUCAAUCCAGAAAGUACGGGAAUUGGCCAGUCGUCCAAUCCAUGUAUAAGUAGGUCGACCGGUCAGAAAGUGCGGGGUUAGAGGCUUGAGCCUCAAGUUAUGACUUUUUAUGAGCU